AUGACAACUAAUCCUAUAUUAGUGUUGAUAUCGAUGAACACGUUGUGUCCGGAAGUGGAGGACUAUUGGCUGUCAAUACCACCGACAGUGAAGACCAUCGAUGAUCUCAAACGACAUAUACUGACCACUGAAUCAAUCGAUAGAUCCGCCGAUGAUAUCGGUCUAUAUCUCGAAAGUGCUUUACUUCGAGAUCACAUAUCCAUCGCUGGUAUUAAAGACAGAGAUUAUAUCGAAAUUCGUGUCAAAUGUUGGAUCAGCUCUUCGGUGGACAACACUUCGGAACACAAGAGAUGCCAAAGUUCUGACACUGAAUGCAUAACUAUCGAUGAUUCCGACGACGAUAUGGUUGGCAACGGAUCCGAUGUAUCGGCUCUUAAAAGGACUCAAAGUUUAGCCCCAAAGACCACCGAAGAAUUAAUCGAUGAGAUCAAGAGUUCUCCCAUAGAGUCGACCCAAGAAGUCACUGAACUUGAAUCUCAGGCCCCAAGCGAUUCGCCCUAUAGUCCGAGUUCUCCGAUCUAUCCGACCGGUGAGGACGAGUGCAAUCAGACCAGUCUUAAGGACAUGUAUGCCGUUAGUUCGCAGUACGGGUUAUACGAUUGGCCGUCACGACCGAACACUUCCACACCAUUGACCGCUUAUCGUGGCGACAAAGUGGUCACACAAUCGAGUAACGAAUGCUCGGCUAAAGGAAUGGACAUCACUCGCGACCAUUCUUACGGCGGCACCAAUUUGACAGACAAUAAGCACGUGUUCAUGGAUUACGUGCCAUAUGGUGAUCCAUUGUAUGGCAAACCGAUUGCCACUGAUUCGUGGUCACCAUCGCAUUCCUCCACAGCUUUUGCCGUCGAUCAUGGCGCACAUGUAGUGACACAAUCGGGUAGCAAAUGCUUUGCAAAAGACUUGCUGAUGGACAUGAGUGCGCCCGUGGGCUCUAAAUCAGUAGACAUGUCUUACGGACAGUCAUCGCCAGCCAUAGCAACAGUUCGGGCCAGUGAUGGGUCGGCCCAAUGGGAUGAGGAGUCCUGCAAUGGAUUUAAUCCACUAUCACCCGGGGAUCAGCUCUAA